GAUCAUUUCUUUUAUAUUUCUUUAGAUCUUUCAUCGUCUAAAAAACUUAUGUGCUUUGAAACAUUGUCCCAAUAAGUAAAUGCAUUCUAUGAUAUUUGUGCAAAAAAGUGUUUCUCUGAUAUGGCUAGAAGGCUAAACUGGAUAUAUUUCUUUGUGACUGCUUAAUUUCAAAUCUAACUAUGUGUAUUGUUGUUAUUGUUGCGCUUGGAAAACGUUAUGAUAAACUUUUUUUAAAAGGAAUAUAAAAAAACAAAAAUUAAGAAAAGUUAAACAAUGAAAAGCUUCUCACUAUGAAAUGUCUAGCAGUAUUCAGUACAUUGCCAGACCUUUUGUACCUGUGGAAAGAUCGACAGUUCCAAACUCAUUUGAUAGAAACAGCCAUCAAGAAUGGACUGGUUGACGAAUCUACAGUCCAUGACGAAGAGGCUGUGAUCAGCUAUGCAGGGCAUUUCUUUUCCCCUCUCGUGACGUCAAAUAAAUACAUGAAGGAACUUGGUAAUUCGUAUAAAUCAAUGAUUUGUGAAAAUGGAUUUAUAUUUGUUAUGAGUGAGCUAUCUAAUUUAUACUUCGUCGCAGCAUGUGGAGACGGUGAAGAGUCCGAACUUUUUUUACGGCGUAAAUUGAACGUCUUUUAUUAUUUGUUGAGACUUUAUUACGGACCGUGUGCGUCGGAUCAUUUGAAAUCACAGUAUCCAAUGAUACGCAAACAGACGUGGAAGGACUUAGAAGAGUUGCUACAAACAUGGCAGACUUUAUGCGAACAAGAGCAAAUGUUUUUAGCUGAAGCUCUGGAGCGUCUGCAUGUAAAUCCACAGUUGAAUAACGUGUCGUUAAAUUUAUUAGGUGACGUGCUGUUAAAAACGAACCGUGACGGGCAUACUGUCCAUGCAUUGCUUUUAGUGAAUAAUAAAUUGUUAGGCUUAUACUCGAAUGAGAACUCGCCUGAGCUACGAGUUUCAGAUAUUUUAAUGCUAAUAGUGAUUGUAAAAAAUAAGUUUAAAUACAGUGAUGAUACGGUACCGAAUAGUUGUCACCGCACGCCGCCGCCGCUGAGCAGCCACUCAACGCAACUUGCAAGCGACGAAGGGUUGUUUCAUUUUAAAAGUCAAACGUCAAAACCUGUUGAUGUGAUUAUUGAUGAAGAUUCCAGUUCGUCUUCAAAACAGGAUUUUCAUUCUGCCAGUUCUACACCUCAGAGUAAUAGCUUCCAUACGCCCAAGGUAACGACAUUGGCAUUUGCAGGUGACAAUCCCAGUGCUGACGGCGUAGUCGACUUUGAUUUGAAGAUGAACGAAGCAGAUCUUGAAUAUGUUUCGAACUCUACCGAUGACGACGACGGCGACGAAACUGACGACGAUCGCAACAAAACGGAGGAGAUUCGACAUUCUGAUUCCUCCUCCACAACUACACCAUCUCUUGACUUUGAGCCUAUAGAUGAUGAAGAUGCAGAGGAUGAUGGGUCGACUAAAAACACAAAGGAGGAGAGAGCUUCGCAAUAUUUUCAGCAAUCUAUAUUUCUGCGUGCAGGGGAUUGUGGGUACGCUCCUCAUACUGCUCAUUGUUUGCUACUCGACAAAGCUACGGUACUUAUUAUCAUAUCUCAGAAUCGUCACACGAACCUUGCUACGUACAUUCAAAAUCUUCUUCGUUGUCUUAAAUCCAUCUUAAAGUUGAACAUCCACAAGUUACCGUCAUAUCGUGCCAGACUGUUGGAUGAUGGUGAGAAAUGCAUCAAUAAAAUACUUGGUGUUGUAUACAAACAAGUCGAUUUGGAAUCAACAAGACUUUUACAGAGCGUUAGGAUGUUUGAAAAGUGUUGGAAACUUGUUCAAGACGGUGGCAUUGAUGAUUUUAUACAUGGCGAACAGACGGCUGAAGAGAUACCACAAAGGUUGGAAAAUUCUUUGAACGAGUUGAUUAAAAGUACGAAAGCUCUCUUCACUUCUUUAUUUAUCAGUAAAACACAAAGACGUCUAUCUCGCUACGAGAAACAGUUAAAAGUGAUCUUAAACAUACGGGAAAUGGCCACACGCCGACUGCGUCAUUUCAGUUCUUACUUGCAAGUGAGAGGACAGAGAAAUGUGACCAUGACAGCUUAUCAUAAUGAUUUCCCUGGUCUUAUUCAUUUUGUUUACGUAAACAGGAGUACUGAUCAAUUAAUAGCGCCCACAAUUAAUGUGAAUACAGAUUCAAAGUCUCCACACAAACUUCCCAUAUACAUCGUCAUCAAACAGAGGAUAUGGGACAUGUGGCAAUACUCUGAAACCAUGCUAACCAAUGGUUACACUGCUAUCAUGGUGAGAGAAGGCGAUUUCAUGUUUUCUUAUUUUUUAUGGUUCGAAGAUUUGUUGGGUAAACCGUUGUACACGAAAAAGUCGUUAAAAGACUUGAACGAAAAUAAACCGAGUGGAAUAAUGUCGGGCACUUUUUACAAAGACAUCAUUCGUUAUUUAUUUCCAUCGGAAUCCUCUUCUUCAGUGCAAUGUUACGAACUUCUAUGCAUGCAUAUAGGCGCCGUUAGCAAUCACUUUGUCGCGACCUCUUGUAGAAAGUUAACCAAAGUUUUAUGGGAGUCGUCGGGUGAAACAAAUUCUCCCAUUAAUUUGUUGUAGUUUGGUACUAAUCAAACUCGUGCCCAACUUUUUUUGAUCUUGACCCUUUCAUCAUUUUUUUUUUUUUACAAUUUAAUCUUUAGCUUCUUGCUAACUUUUAUUUAUGAUAUGGCAAACCUGAGUUCUCCUACGGACAACAUGUUGGUUCCUGUUGUUUUAUGCCCAACCCUUUUUAUUUAUUUGUUUUUAGUCCCGUUUUUUGAACACAUUGGCUUAUGCCAUACAUUGUAGCCUCAACGUUGAAUAUGUGAAUAUGAGGAUAUUUACUGGCUUGGUUUGUUAAACCUUCAAUUUUAUACCAAUUUAUUUUUUCAGAAAUUUUAUAAUGUAACAAUGAAUUGUAAUAUAUAGGAUUCUUUUGUCUACACUUGUCAACAAACUUGCUACAAAAUAAAAAAAUAAAACGUUCUCGGUA